CACAGUCUCAGCGCAUUACCUCCCCAAACUCUCGCAGGAGCCGCACGCAGCCCAGCAGCGGGACUACAGCCAGAGGAGACAGUGGACUUAUUGCAGAGCGCGUUUUUCCUGCGUCGCUCUCGCUGUGCGUUUCUUCAUGAACUGAGUGUUGCCUCGCACUCCGAUUAGCAAUCAUUCAGUGGCUGCAAAGACACAUCAUGAGCUCUACUUGUGAGUGCUUCUGCAGGAUGAUCCGGCUUCUGGUGACGGUGGCACUCCUGUCAGGGUGCAGGGCGUCAGAGUACGAGUACUUGGCCUGGAAUACGCCCGUCUACGGCAAGUCGCCCCAGUGCGUGGACAUUCCGGACGACCUGCGGCUCUGUCACAACGUGGGCUACAACCGGAUGAUGCUGCCCAACCUGCUGGAGCACGAAACCAUGGCCGAGGUGAAGCAGCAGGCCAGCAGCUGGGUGCCUCUGGUGCACAAGAACUGCCACCCGGACACGCAGGUCUUCCUGUGCUCGCUCUUUGCUCCCGUGUGCCUGGAGCGGCCCAUCUACCCGUGCCGCUGGAUGUGCGAGGCCGUGAGGGACGGCUGCGCCCCCAUCAUGGAGGCCUUCGGCUUCCCCUGGCCGGAGAUGCUCACCUGUGACAAGUUUCCCGAAGGUGAAGUGUGCAUUGCCAUGACGACGCCCAACGCCACAGAGGUUACAAAACCCACAGGUUACUCUCCCAUCUGCCCUCCAUGUGACAACGAAAUGAAAACAGACACCAUUCUAGAGCACUUGUGUGCCAGCGAGUUUGCUUUAAAGGCCAAGAUCAAGGAGGUAAAGCGAGAAAACACAGACCGUAAGGUGAUCCUGCAGAAGAAGAAGAAGAUGCUGAAACCGGGAAACCUGAAGAAGAAGGACACAAAGAAGUUAGUGUUGUACUUGAAGAAUGGUGCUGACUGCCCCUGCCAGCAGCUGGACAACUUGGGAAACCAGUAUCUAAUCAUGGGGCGCAAGGUUGAUAAGCAGUACCUCCUCACAGGCAUCCACAAGUGGAACAAGUCCAGCAGAGAGUUCAAAAAUGCCAUCAAGAAAAUGAAGACCUACAAAUGUCCCGUAUUUGAGAAUGUUUUCAAAUAAUGUGACCUACCCCUUCAUCACUGGUCGCAUCUCAUCAUACAUAUGAACUUGCACAAGCAUUCCCAAACUUUGCUUUCUGUUGUUCUCUUAAUAUAUCUUUAUGUCUUUGUACAUUUGCAGAUAGCCAAUACUGUGGAAUGUCUGUCGUGUUAUGUUGAAGAUGUGACGACACACAAAUCAAAGGGUUGGGUUUUCUUUGUUUUCCCCGCUUCAACUUAAAAGGACAUUGUAGUAAAAGCCCUCCCUUGCUGAAAUCAUUUCCAGUAUAUAGAUACUUCACUCACAUGCUUUCUCAAAAGGUCUGUGGAUUUGUUGUGCAUUUUGGGAAAAUAUACAUACUUCUUUUUUUUGCUAGCAAUUAGAGGAGAAGUCUAACACCACUUUCCAAGAACAUGUUUUUGUGUGUGUAAAUUUGAAGCUAAAGCCAGCAAACUGUUAGCUUACCAUUUUAAGAAAAAAAGAGAGAAAAAGUGUUAGCUUAGCAAGAAGGAAACUGCUAGCUUGUCUCUGUCUAAAGCUUUUAAUAAAAGAAAGCAUAAACUGUCAUUUUACAUUCAGUUUUCUGUGUAUUACAAAUAAAAUGUAUUAUUUUAAACAGGGGUAGAGUCAAGCUAGCUGUUCCCUUUUACUUUAAGGCUUUGUAUUAAUGUAGGCUAACAAUCUGCUGGCUAACUGUUUUAAAUGUAUCCAACAGCCUUUUAUAAAAUGGCUCUUUCUGAUCAUAAAGAAACUCUUAAAAUCAGUGUAUUUUAAACUUUAAAAGCCAAUAAAGGUUUGUUGUAGAAUAACUUAUUGACAGAAGUCUGAAUAUGCUGCCAUGAUUAUUCUGUCUAACUGAAGACUGCGCUAUCAGCAGUUGCAAACAUUUCUCUGAAACUCAUUCAUUUCAUCAUUAAACAUUGUUUGUUGUUUGAAAACCAUAAGAGAAGCAUUAACACCAAUCACAGAGUAAUUUGUAAGCCUGGGUGGCAGAUUACUUGAUUUUGCCUUUUUUAAAUAUUUCUUUUUAUGUCGGUAUACGUUCAGUCUGCAGUAUUCAUUAUUCUUUGGUCAUGGAAUACGCCUUGUAGUCGUACAGUUUUGCAAAACUUAUCAAGUAUUGGCAAUUCUGUUUUUCUCGUUUGUUCUGCUCAUGUGUUUCAUUUUCAGUACUCUAUUAUUGCAAAUUUGAAUGUCAGCAGUACAUUGUUGCCUAUUAAAUGUAUAUACAAAUUUUACAUAAAUGUAUAAAAAAAAAUGUGUUGCCAAGAAUAUUUUCUUGAUUGUUUUUUGUCAUUCAUUUUCUUUCUGGUGGUUGGACCAAAACUUGGUUCAGUAAAAUAUCUUUAGAAUUGAAAUUCUUGGUUUCACAUUGUUAAUAAAAUAUGAAUGCUGACAUUCAUCCAGUCUUAUCAUCCAGUGAAAGAUUUAGGUUAAAUUUGUACAAAAUUUGAGUCUCUCAAGAAACAUUAUUUAAAUUGCAUUGCCACCCCACUCAAGUUGGCUAAGUAGUGAUUAAGUGAAAUUAACAGGUAACCUUUGUUUUUAUGUAUUUUCACAUAGAUUUUCUUUCUUCUUACAGAAAAGUUGCCGUCUAUCAUGCAAACUAGAGGUGACUAAGGCAAUCAUGAAAAGCUUUCAGGUGCAGCACCUAGCAACAAUCAGCAGCCAGUAACCAGCCAGUUGGGAAAUACAGAUUUUUUUUUUUUUCCCAAAUGACCAGAAGCUGUAAUAUAUGUAAUAUGUCAGCCAACUCUCAAGCAAUGUGCACAUGACAUCAUGCACAGCCUCUAUAGUGAAUUUGUUAAGUGAGUUACAAUCCUAAAAAAAAAGAGAGAAUAUGACAGACGGGCAGUGGAGACAGUAGAGCCAUAUUUGCUAUCAAAUGAAAUUUCACGGACUCAAAGAUGUUGUAAUUCUUGCUUAAAGCACCUCUCGCAUGGGAAGUAUGUGUAAAAUUACUGUGUUACAGCCUUCUAGUUUCAGUUAUUUAGGUAAUCCAAUUAUGAUACAGUAACUGAUGAAUAACGAACCUGCUGGGGCAAAGUAGACAGUCUUGUUUUUGUCCCAGUGACAGCUUCACACAUUGCAAAAUGCUUUUAUAUAAUACCUAAAUAGAACACUGUCAGUCAUACCACUAAGUGAAGUGUAAAUAAAUAUAACCAAACUCUGAGUGAAAACUAAGAUAUUGGAAAAGAAAUUACUUUCCCAAAGCUAUAUCUUUACUACAUGUAAACACUUGUUGUUUUUAAAACUUUCUUGCAGAUACACAACAGUCUCAUAUCUUUAUGUAAGAUGUUAUUUUGGUCUUUGUACAUGAUGUGUGACACUGCCAGAACAACUGGCUUCUGCCUUGACAUGUCAAACAGGGCCGUGGCAAACUAACAUUUGCAUGCUUUAUGGAAAGAUAAAGCAUCGCGUUGCCAGAUCUCCAUGCCGGAGGAUCUCUGACGCAUGCAUGUUUUUACUCCCACCACUUCUCCAGUGAUGUUAAACUUUUGUCUGGGUGGCUUUGAAUCCAGGUUUAUUGUGGUUUCAUGGGCUGUUGGUGUGUUGGUAUGUUGAGUGUAAAUGCCAGUCCCGAGUUAUGCAUCAUUAAAAGCUCAUGUUGAUGGUGAA